CGUCAACAUUUAAAUCGAAAAGGAAAACAUAAUUGACAUCGGAAAUCUCAAAAGACAAAUCGUUGGCAUUUUGUGUAAUUAUGUUAGAUUGAAAAGGGUAAAUUGUCAUCAACUCGGACAGUUUAUAUACAACCAGUCAUCUUCCAUCGGAAGAACGUCCGUCCGGCCGCUAUCUGCCGCCGGCGAUACUCUCUCUCUCUAUCUCUCUGUCUACCUCUCUUUCCUCUCUGCCUUUUUUUUCUCCGGCGGUCAGAGAAAUUUGAGGAGUAUGAUAAAUCUUUACUUGUAGUUGUGAGCAUUAAACCUUGAAAAGAAAGAGGGGGAAGAAUUUGAAAGUUAGGAAAAUGCUUUGCCGGAAAAACUCAAGCUUUGUGGAUAGAGGAAAUGUUCCGGUUUAUCUCAAUGUCUACGAUCUAACUCCCAUUAAUGGCUACGCUUACUGGCUUGGUCUCGGCGUUUACCAUUCUGGUGUUGAAGUUCAUGGUAUAGAGUAUGCUUUUGGAGCUCAUGAAUAUCCAAGUACCGGAAUUUUCGAAGGGGAACCGAAGCAAUGCGAAGGAUUUACGUUUAGGAAAACGAUUUUGAUCGGUAAAACGGAUGUUGGGCCUUUGGAAGUGAGAGCUACAAUGGAGCAGCUUGCAGAGAACUACAAAGGAAGCUCUUACAAUCUAAUCACCAAGAACUGCAACCAUUUCUGCGACGAAGCUUGUAUUAAGUUAACCGGAAAUCCAAUUCCUAGCUGGGUUAACCGUCUUGCAAGAAUCGGAUUCAUGUGCAACUGUGUGCUUCCUGCGACCAUAAACGCGACGAAGUUUGGGAAUAACCGAAUCAAUCAAGACAAGUCAUGUGAAGCAGAAACUGAGAAGAAGAAACUGACGAGUGUAUCGAGCACAGAGAGCUCUACGAUUGCUACUCCCUCAUCGUUAUCUUCGUCUCCUUCAGUUCAAGUUCGUGGGCGAAGCAGGAAAAGGCGUCCUCGUGCUAUGCAACCUUCAUCCCCGUUGACUCUCGGAUCUUCCUCCGUUUGACUAUAAAUAAAAUCUGGAAAAAAUUAAAUUUGGUUUUCUUGGUUUUUGAUCUCUCAACUAGAGAGGCCACUCUUUCAUUUUCUGUUUUCUUUUUUUGUUUUACUUUAAUUGCUAUUGUGCUUUGUAAUCUUGUUAAUAUGCAUACCUUUUCUUUCUUCAUUGCUUGUAAUCUUAUAUACAUCUAUGUUUCAGUUUUCGGAUAUUUUUUUAACACGAUGACAGUAUAUAUCAUAAUAUCAAA